AGCAACGUCCAACAAUAAUUGAAGUUUUAAAACCACUUGAAAAUUUAUCAGAUAAAAAAAUUGAUAACUUCAUUAUAAAUCCUAUCAUUGUAUACGGGAAACCUACCAUUGUGGGUAUUCCUUCCAAUGUUAAAAUCAAGAUUUUCAGUUUUGUUACGUUUCCCCUAAACCUUAUUUUGUCUUGUAAAGGUUGGUAUGAGAUUUCCAAAGACAGUAAAUGUAAAGCUGAAUGGCUCCUCAAACAAUUCGACCGGGCCCAUUCGUUAUUUCACGUUAUUCGUUUAGGACCACCCUUUGUUAAUGUCUGUGUGGUUCAAGAGAUUUUAAAAAGGGGUGGGCUAAUUUCGAGAUAUUUUAUUCAGAAACUUUUAUUGCAUUACGGAAAACCAAGAACGGAACACAACAUGGAAAAUAUAAGAACCAAAAGGAAUGCUGUUCCUUGGGCAAUUGACACGCCUUUGCCAGUAUAUACUUAUAUUCUGAAUGAUGCUACAAAUAAAUAUAUAUAUUCAGAACCGUGGGACAGUAAUAACGAUAUGGAAUUAUUUAUUUCUUUAAGUGGAGGUCAAGACAUUUUACAUACCGAAGAAACAUUGAUCAAGAAUUUAGAAUUGAUCAAAGAGUUGAUUUCAAAAUUGAAGUUUGUUCCAUUUCCUCAAAGACCAAAUCACAAGCAGCCAUAUGAUAGAAACUUGGAUAAAUACUCAUCAGAAGACGGCUAUGGAAAUUAUAGAGAAGGAGCUUUUCUCUUGUUAUUUCCCUCUGAGUCAAGUGAUUAUGUUAUGCCCAAUGAAAAAAAAAUAAUAGAAAAGCUUCAGGAAUUGCUCGAUUUGGGAUUUAAAUUAACUAAUGUAACAAUCAUUGAAAUUUUACGGUUCUUUGGGUCAAAACUAAGCAUUAUUGAGAAAUCGCCAUGGAAGCCAGAGAGAGCUACUACGGCCGUUGUUUUAAACUUUUUAUAUGAGAAUAUUAAAAAUGAUGCUAUAUUUGUUUUUAAAAGCGCAAUGAAAUACUAUACAGAUGAAAGAAAAGAAAAGAGAAUACUUAAUUAUAAACCAUUAUCGUUUAGCUUGGUUUAUCAUAACUGGGUUCUCGGCAAAUUUUCCGAGGAUUCUGAAAUUGCUGAUAUCUUAUUUGAAGAUAUAUUGAGAGCCAGAAUUAGUAUUGAACAAAAUCAAAAUUCAGAAAUUUCCUCAAACAUUCAUAAUGAAAUAUGUAAUUUAUAUAAAGUUUACUGCAAUUCAAAAAAUUUCUUUAGAGUUUCUCAUCUUAAGCUUUUCAUACAAGUAAAUCAUUCUGAUAUCCUUGGGCCGCUUUUUGAAUAUUAUUUAGCAGAUUUGUUCAACAUUAAAAUGCCAAUGAAAAUAAUUAAUGGAGAAAACAAUUAUUAUAAACCUAAAAAAAGAAAAAGAAUAAAAAGAAAUGAUCGAGAAGAAUGGUUCAAUGAAAUUAAAAACAUCUAUGAAACCAUUCUUAAAAACGGCAAUAAUGCUGAAAUAACACCCGUAUUUAAAAAUUUCAUCGAAAAAAUUUAUUGCAAACUUGAAGAUGCGAAUAGCCCAUCACAAAAGAAAAAUAAAUCUCUAUAA